AUGGCUGUCAAGAGCCUGACAAUUUCGACUAUGAUGGUCGGGAAUAUCCGGCUGUGCAAAACCAAUGUCAACCCCAAAGACAAGAAGAAGCGCAGGGUGAUUGCUAAGCAUCUCAAAUCCCAACUAGCCAAACAGCAUGAAGAAUAUGCCACUCGACCUGACAUUGCUGAGAGUUUCUCAGUUGAUGAUGCCUCUUCUAAGUUGGUUGGGUCUGACCUGAUGGCAUUUAACCUGUCUGCUAUUCAGAAUUCAUCUGAAGAGCAAAUCUUGCGCAACUCGGAUAACUCGGCAUUUACGACUUUCAAGAAGUCACAGCGACCUUGA